AUGGUCCGGACGGAGGGCGGAGCUGCGGGUCUCGCGCCCCCGGUACACACGAUCGCUGCUGGGGCGGAAAAGCGUCAUUUGAGCACAGAAAACAGACAGAGAUAAAGAAUCGGAGCGCACGAGCGUCGGAUCCCGUUAUCGGACGAGAAACGGCUCGAGGAGGAGGGCGCCGAGAGUGAUUUUCCUCCGCAUAGGGAUGGAUUUAAACACGGCCAGCAGCCGAGCGGAUCGCGUCUCACCGCCGGACCGUCAGUGAAGCAUCGUCCGCGCUCACCGAGCGAACCGUGAGUCCGCAGAUCCGGUUUGAUGAGAACAAAAGCCUCCGUCCGUUCACAUUCACCUCCACCGUGACCGAUGCAGCGCCUCCUCCAUCCGCAAUGAACAUCUAGAAUAUCAUCAGGCGAUGGGAUGAAAAUGAGACGUCACAGAGUGUUCUUGAUCUGUACGGUGGGGCUGUGUGUCAUCUCUUUCCUGCACUACUAUAAAGCCCUACACUAUGUCUCCCUGCUGAGGGAGCUGUCCGCACCCUACCCCAACAUCAAAUCCUUCAUCAUGGUCACAGGAUUCUUCUGGAAGGAGGGCGCCGCUCCUCUGUCCAGCGCUUCUCCGGAGGAAGGCCCUCCUCUGGUCCAGCGGAUGUCGGAGAGUAAGAGUCGUGAGGGCGGAGGAGGACAGUCGGGACGAGAACAAGAAGCUCCACCGCCGUGGAGGAGACCUGAAGAUCUGCAGCACAGGAGCUCCGUCACCACAGAGGUUCACAAGGGAAAUUUGGUCACCUGGCAACCCAGCAGCCCGACCAACCACAAGCCUGAUCCACACAGAGGUCCCGUCAUAGCCGGAGUGAAGAAAUCCCAGUCAAAACAAACAUCGACUCCAGACCCGCUGCGCUCUCUGGGCAACCACCACCGUCGUGUCCACCCCCUCAAGGAAGACCGCACCCCGUAUUUCGCUCGCACCAAAGCAGGCGCUCUGUGCUUCCGUAAGGGCAUGGAGAUGGCGCCCCCUAAAGAAGAGGCUUUGAGAGCGAGACCUACAGUGGCCAGAGUGGGUCAACGGGGAAUUCUGCAGAUGCCCGACAACACCAAGACUCAAGCCAAAUCCAUGGAGGAGUCGGGUCCCGCUCGAGGUAAACCGAAGCACGGCAAGCGUCUGGUGAAGUGCGUCUGUCAGGCGGGGUGGCACGGCCCUUACUGCGGAGUGCCAACCAUGGUAUAUCACUCGAAUCUGCCCACUAAAGAGAGACUGAUGCCCCGCAAGACCCCCCGGCGCGUGAUCAACGCCAUCAACGUCAACCACGAGUUCGACCUGCUGCACGUGCGCUUCCGCGAACUCAGCCAGGCCGUGGACCUUUUCCUGGUGUGCGAGUCCAACUUCACAGCAUACGGCGAGAGAAGGCCGCUGAGGUUCCUGCAUUUGCUGCUCAACGGGACCUAUGAUUACGUGCGUCACAAGAUCCUCUAUGUCUUCCUGGACCACUUCCCCGACGGCGGCCGUCAGGAUGGAUGGAUCGCCGACGACUAUCUGCGCACGUUCCUGACGCGCGACGGAAUGUCACGAGUGGCCGGCUUGCGGUCGGACGAUGUCUUUCUCAUCAACGACGCGGAUGAAAUUCCGGCUCAGGAAGGAGUUAUUUUCCUCAAGCUGUUCGACGGCUGGACGGAGCCGUUCGCCAUCCACAUGCGGAAGUCGCUGUACGGGUUCUUCUGGAAGCAGCUGGGAUCUCUGGAGGUGGUGUCCGGCUGUACCGUCGGAAUGCUGAGGGAUGUCUACGACAACGACGGCAUUCGGCUUCGCCGGCGGGAGUACUACACCAUGUCAGGAUUCCGAAAGUAUGAGAAUGACACGGGCCACAUCUUGGUGCAGUGGUCCAUCGGAAGUCCCUUCCAUUUCGCGGGCUGGCACUGCUCCUGGUGCUUCACGCCGGAGGGCAUUCACUUCAAACUCAUUUCGGCUCAGAACGGAGACUUCCCUCGCUGGGGAGAUUACGAGGACAAACGGGACCUCAACUACAUCCGGGAGCUGAUCCGGACAGGGGGCUGGUUCGACGGCUCGGUACAGGAGUACCCACCUUCGGACCCUAAGGAACACAUGUACGCCCCCAAAUACAUGUUGGAUCAUUUCGAUCAGUACUGGUACUUGCUGGCGAACCCUUACGCCAGACCGCUCAAGCUGGGAGGGCCGUAGAAACGGCACUCGGAGAGGAUGAGCUGAUUCUUUCCUCUCUCCAUCCCCACACGUCAGCAACCUUCACAAAGAAUUCUAAUCUUUCUGUUCUGGUAGAUGUUUACAUGAAUCGUUUCCAGCAUUCUUUCAGAGACUCUGAUAAGACACUUCAUGUGUGUUCAGUGUAAAAUGUCCAGCUCUGUGUGCGUGUGCGCGUGUGAUCUGAUCUUGCUUGCACUUCAGAAUCAAGAGAAAAACAUUGUUGGGGUUGUGCUUGUAUAUUCCUCAAGAUUCAAACGUUCUCUUCCCGAGCCAGAAACAAAUCUUUGUGUAUCAUUCAGAAUCAAGCUGUGGAUGAGAGAGAGAGAGAGAGAGAGAGAGAGAGAGAGAGAGAGAGAGAGAAGCUGAGCUCUACUAUCUUCUGCUUGAGCUUUAAACAGAGAAAACUGUUUAUACUGCAAACACACACAACUGUUCAUUCCAAUAUUCUCAAACUGUUUGAAUUUCUUUUAAAUCCAUUUUAGGAGGAACAUCUGAGCUUAAAUUGAAUUUAAACACCACUGGGAGAUAAGAUUUUAGUCUGGAUGAGAGAAUGAUGAACUGUAUGAGUUUGUCAUUGGUGUUGUACAGAUCAGAUCGGAUCUCAGAAGAGCGUCAGAUCAUUCUUUCUUUAGGGAGAGUUAUCACAUUUACAUGUAUAUUACAACAUAAACGUUAUGUGGCCACAACUUAACUUCCAGUAGACCUCCUCAAAGAAUCAAUAACUGUUGAGUAGUUCAUUUAAUAUAAUUAAUAUACAAUAAAAUAUAAGUUAAAGAAUUAAACCCAGACUAGGAGUUUGCGUCUUGCCAGCGCGUGUGUCCGAGGAAUCCGUGUAUGUGAUGAUGUUUCAGUUGCUCAAUGUCUGACAUCAUAUAUGAGAAUAUUCAUGCAUGCGUCUAAUGUUGUGUUCAGACCAAACGCGAAUAGCGCGAAUGAAUCGCGCUAUUCGCGCGUAGUUGGACGCUUGAACAUUUUAGUUUACUCGCUUCAUUCGCGCGUCAAAUUCACUUUAUUGCACACGCGAAUUCGCGUCAUGGGAGGGGCUUCUGCAAGGCGGCUCCAGUCCCAUAUAUAUAUGUGACGGAACGAACCACACAUGCGGGCUUCGAACCGGGUCGGUUCUGCACGGGAGUCGGGCGCUCUAGCGAGGAGGCUAAAGACCGCAGUCUUUGAGGUCACCGCAGAGGAGUGAGCUUUACAUACUUGCUCAGCACUUCACUGGCUUGACUCUGUUACAUUUAUAUAUAUUGCUUAAAUUGUGUAAAGAUCUUUUUUGACAACUUGCCCGAUUGUCCGACCUCCUCACUCACUUUCUUCCAAGCAAGAUCCUUUUUAUUUCUGUUUCGAUAAAAGUAAGAUGUAUCGUACAGCUCUAGGUAUCCACAUACAGCAACGAUGAUUUUGUCCUCCAUGGUCGUUUGGGAUUUCUGCCUCCCCUCGCAACAUCAUAAUCACCUGACUGCCAGAGCAAGCAUCUGAUUGGCGCUAAACGCUCAAUUCGCGCGAUUCCCGGCGCAAGUAGGUCUAUCGCGUCUUUGCAUUGACAUAACAUGUAAAUCACUCGCGCUUGACGCGCCAUUCGCGUUUGGUCUAAACACAACAUCACAGUCUGAGAAACAGACAUAUAUCUGAUCUGAUCUGAUCUGAUCUGAUCUGCAACAGUUGAAUGUGAGAAUGUAAAACUGCUCUGAGGUCAGUUAGUUUGCAGUAUAAUUCAAUUUAUUUAUAUAGCGCUUUUCACAAUGUGCAUUGUUCCAAAGCAGCCUUACAGGUGCAAAUCAGAAAAAAACACUGUAAGGUAAAACACAGCACAGUGCAUGGUGUUUACAGAACAAGCAAGAUCAUUCUUAUAAAUAAUAUCUUAGAAAUAAAUAGAUAGAUGCAGUCUUCCGGUGAGCAAGCCAACACUGCCCUGAUGAGUAUUAACUCUAUAUAUUUUGUGUUCGGAUGUAAAUCCACAUGACCCACAGCAGGUUCACCUUCUAUUUCCAGUGAAUCAACCACAACAUCACUUUUAGAUUGACAAGAUGUUAAUAUGUGCGGUCAUGUUGUUAUGUUCCAUAUUAUUGUGGAAUUUUGUCUAAUAUUUGACUUCAUAUAGUGAACACCUAACAGUCUCUCUCUCUCUCUCUCUCUCUCUCUCUCUCUCUCUCUUUCUCUCUCGUCCUGGACUUAUUGUCAUUUUUGUUUUGUGCUGUUGUAAAUGUUGUUGCUGUUUACAUUAUUUAUCUAAUUUAUUACUCUCCUGAUCUGUGUAGAAAAGGGAAGAUUGUUCUGUCGAUGAAGCCGUCCUCUUACUUUAAAUUUCUAUCUUUUUUGACCACAGACCCUUUACAGCUCAUUUAUGUUCGGAUUUCAGAGGUUCACUCAAAUAUCUGGACCAUAUUCUCUUACGAUCUUAUUACAGUAAACCUGCGGGAGAGGGAAAUCUUAUUCAGAUCGCUUCACAUCAUUCAGCGCGAGGCUAUGAAAGAUCCGCGCAUGCGCACGGACUGACGCGCAGUCGGAGGCGUGUGUCGUCAGAUUUGCAUAAGCGCUCUUGUGAACCUGAGAAUCACGCAUCUAUAAUAUCAUCGUCAAUGAUGAGUUUUAUAAUGACGUAACACGUCAACGUAAAUACACAAAGAUGUCAAAUAAAUGAGCGUAUGGGAAUCAGAGACGUGUGAAUAUGAUGGAGAUGUUUCAGCUAUAGGUGAAGAGAUGUUAUCACAUGUGCACUGUUUCUCUUUUAUUAAAAGAUCUUGUCUUUGUCUUGAUGGGAUAAAAUCUUCACAACGCUCAGAUCAAUGUCAUGAAAUGAUGCACUGACAUAAACAUCAACGCUGGUGUCAAUAUCACGAUGUUCACUUAAUCUUCUUUCAUGUAUAGAUGACAUAAUUCCUGCGAUGAACGAGAGAAAAGAGUGAAAGUACUCGAGCAGAUUUUUCUCCUCCACUGCUGAGGAGAGCAGAACACGAAAUGACUUUAUACAAUCCUUUUGUUUUGUGCAUAUGAAUGGAUAUAUGUUAAUCUUGAAAACAUUAAAAUAACAAAUUCUAUGACAAAGAACUAUAAUAAAUUAAUUUUUAAAAAGUCCUAUA